UGCAGAGGGGUUGGGUGGACUCUACCAUUGUGAGUGUGAUGGGGUGGGCGUGAUCAGGAAUAGAGAGCUCCUCCUUUGAUGAGUUGGGUGAUAGCAGGCGCGGACCCUAAUCUGUUCCUGAGCUGUACACUGGAGCUAGAGGAGGGUAUCCUCUGUUACUUUACUACCAUAGGCCCCAGUCCUGGAUUUGAACCUCUUUUAUGGGAUGUUUUGGUCUGUAUCUAAAGGAGGAAUUACUGUUUUGAUGUCAACUCUGAAAAAAGGCUGGAGGAAAAGGCUGAAGAUGCUAUCUCAAAGAGCCCUGCACUUCUCAGCACUUUUUUUUAUAUCUUAAAACAGAAAUCAUCCCAGGGUAGUUUUGGGAAAACCUUACAGAUAAGCAAAUGCAGUAAACACUGAUUCUAAAUGUAAAACAAGUUUUCAAAUGAAUGAGGAGGACACUGAGGAAGAAACUCCAAUUUCAACAAGAUAGAUUACGGGUUCAGCAUGAGGCCUUGUGAAGAACUGAACAAGCAAAGGUAGUUAUUCAAAAACAAUCAUUAUUGUUCCAGUCCAGGUAUUGUUCAAAAGAUUACUUGAACAACAACCUCCUCAGAUUACCAGAACAGGAACAAGAAACAGCUACAGCAUAGCACCUGGAAUACCAGAACACAUAGCACCAGACCAAGGUGCCCAGAAUUAUGCCAAUCUAGUCAGAAUCACUUGAAGGAUCUUACUGCAACAGUGCUGACUAGGCUGUAACGUCUGAGCGAUAGCAUGGCUGACCCUUACCAGAACAAUGUGUACCACCAAGGAGGAGGUGACCCCUAUGGCACCUAUGGAGAGGGAGGAGGCCAGGAGGGCUACGGUUACCAGGGCGAGUCCUACCCUCAGGAGGAGGAUGCAGCCAGCGAUGCCACGGAGGGCCAUGAUGAUGAGGACCAGAUGUACGAGGGGGAGUACCAGGGGAUCCCCCACCCUGACGAGGUGAAGGCGGCCCAGAGGGCAGCGAGGGCCAAGGCCAGGCAGGCUCAGGCAGGGGCCACAGAGCUGGAUGAGCUGGCUGAGCAGUAUGAGGACAUCAUGGAGGACUGUGGACAUGGACGGUUCCAGUGGACCCUGUUUAUAGUGCUGGGCCUGGCCCUCAUGGCUGACGGGGUGGAGUGCUUUGUGGUGGGGUUCGUGCUGCCCAGCGCUGAGAAGGACAUGUGCUUAUCCAAUGGAGAGAAAGGCAUGCUAGGUUUGAUAGUGUUCCUGGGAAUGAUGGUUGGGGCGUUCAUCUGGGGAGGCAUGGCAGACAAACUGGGCCGCCGGAGGUGUCUGAUCUGGGCACUCACCAUCAACUGUGUCUUCGCCUUCCUCUCCUCCUUCGCCCAGGGAUACGGCUUCUUUCUCUUCUUUAGGCUCAUCUCCGGCAUCGGUAUCGGAGGUUCUGUCCCCAUUGUCUACUCCUACUUCUCAGAGUUCCUUCAGAUGGACAAGAGGGGGGAACACCUGAGCUGGCUGUGUAUGUUCUGGAUGGUGGGAGGCAUCUAUGCCUCCUUCACUGCCUGGGGCAUCAUCCCUCACUAUGGCUGGGGCUUCAGCAUGGGGACAGAGUUCCAGUUCCACAGCUGGAGGGUGUUUGUGCUGGUCUGUGCCCUGCCUGCCAUCACCUCCCUGGUGGGGCUCAUGUUCAUGCCUGAGAGCCCCAGGUUCCUCCUGGAGAAUGCCAAACACGACGAGGCCUGGAUGAUCCUGAAAAAUGUCCAUGACACCAACUGGAGGGCAAAGGGCCAGCCUGAGAAGGUCUUCCAGGUGACCCACAUCAAGGCUCCUAAGACCCAGGAGGAUGAGUUCAUUGAGAUCCAGAGUGCCACAGGGACGGCUAUACAGCGUUGGGCCGUCCGGACCCUCACUCUGUGCAAACUGGUGCUGAAGAACAUUGCUUCUCUAUUGGGACCUGAGCUGAGACUAAGUACACUGUUCAUGGCCAUCAUCUGGUUCACAAUGGCCUUCAGUUACUAUGGACUGGGUGUGUGGUUCCCUGACAUGAUCAAAUACCUGCAGCAAGAGGAGUAUGAGUCCAAAGUCAAGGUGUUCCACAGAGAGAGAGUAGAACGCUUCCACUUCAACUUCUCCCUGGAGAAUCAGAUCCACAGAGAGGGAGAAUACAUCAAUGACAAGUUUAUCAACAUACAGAUGAAGUCUGUUAAGUUUGAGGAUUCACUGUUUGAAGAUUGUUACUUUGAGGACAUAAAGUCCACUGAAACAAUCUUUGAGAACUGCACCAUCAGAUCCACCGUCUUCUAUAACACAGAUCUGUACGAGGAAAGGUUCAUAGACUGUAGACUGGAGAACACCACAUUCCUCCAUAAUAAGAAGGGCUGUCACCUGGACAUCGACGAGGAGAACGACGUGCUCAUCUACCUGGUCAGCUUCCUGGGGUCCCUGGCUGUUCUACCCGGCAACAUCAUAUCAGCUCUGUUCAUGGAGAAGAUAGGCAGGGUCAAAAUCAUAGGCCUCUCCAUGCUGAUCUCAGCUGGGUGCACCUUCUUCCUGUUCCUGAGCUUCAGUCAGGCGGCCAUCAUAGCCUGGCAGUGUCUGUUCUGUGGGGUCAGCGUGGCAGCGUGGAACGGCAUCGAGGUCAUCACAGUGGAACUCUACCCAGCCUCCAAAAGAGCCACAGCGUUCGGGGUGUUGAAUGCCCUCUGUAAGCUGGCGGCCAUCCUGGGCACCUCCAUCUUUGCCUCCUUUGUGGGGGUCACCAAAGUCGUCCCCAUUCUCCUCUCCUGCACUGCUCUGGUGUGUGGAGGCCUGGUGGCCCUCAAGCUGCCCGAGACCCGGGAGAAGAUCCUCCAGUGAGGAGGUCAUACUGGCCAAAGGUCAAAGGUCACAGGAGCAAGGAGCUACCUUUACAGGUAGAGUUUCUCUGAGAGACACACAGGCAUUAUGCAAGAUUGGCUGUAACCAACAGGAGUUGACAAGAGUUUGUUCCACCAACAUAGAGAUCCUUUAAUUACAAGCUAACUAACAGUGUUCUUCAUUGUCUGUUCUGUCUCACCAGUUAUGAAGUGUUUGGAGUGAAAUGCUUUAAAAUCAACUCCAUAUCUAAAUUAUUAUUGGGACCAAAUGGGAAUUUUUCUCUAAUUCAAUCGCUUAUGUAUCGGUCUAUAAAUCAUAAUUUGCCCCAUUAAUGUACGAUAUUGUCGACCUGAGACGCAAGAUAAGAAUUGGAAAAUAUGUAAACCUCUUGAUAGAGACUUUGGUAACCAGAAACAGAUUUCUGUUCAAGGGAAUGUUUCUCCAGUGCCAUUUUGAAUUCAGAUACUGUUGUUGUUUUGUUUUGCUAGAAUUA